UGUGAAGUGCUACUGAAAUUAAAACAUUUAAUAUAUGGAUAUGAGCUCUCACUCCCUGUGGUUCGUCAUGUGUCCAUCAGUCUGGCGAUUGGUUCAAUCCACGGUCACGCGGCGGCGGUCGGGGAGCUGAGCGUCGUGUGGGUCGACGCCCACGCCGACAUCAACACGCCGCUGACGUCCACCGGAAACAUCCACGGGCAGCCCAUGUCCUACCUCCUCCACGAGCUGCACUCAGAGGUUCCCGUCUUGCCAAACUUCUCCUGGAUCAAGCCGUGUGUCUCGGCCAAAGAUCUCGUCUACAUCGGAUUGAGAGACGUGGAUCCCGGGGAGCAUUACAUCCUGAAGCUGCUGGGUGUGAAGGUGUUUUCCAUGUCGGACGUGGAUCAUCUCGGUGUGGCCAGAGUCAUGGAGGAGACAUGUGACUACCUCUCUGCCAGUGUGAAGAAACCGAUCCACCUGAGCUACGACAUCGACGCCAUCGACCCCUCUGUUACCCCGGCGACCGGGACACCUGUGGUGGGAGGACUCACCUACAGAGAGGGCGUCUACAUCACUGAACACCUCUGUCAGACAGGCCUUCUGUCGGCUGUGGACAUGGUGGAGGUGAAUCCUCUGAGGGGUCAGUCCAAAGAGGACGUCCAGUCUACAGUCAGCACGGCGGUGGACCUGCUGCUCGGAUGUUUCGGACGCCUACGUGAGGGAAACCACCCGCAGGAUUACCAGCUGCCCCGGCCUUGAUACCUAAAGGUCUCUGAUCACCAGCAGGAACUGAACCGACGAUCAGAUUCAUACUUAAGCACCUCAGAGAUGAUUAAACUUCCAAAUUUUAAACUUCAACAGCCAGAUUACGAGAUGUCAGAACAUAAUGCACUUGUUUACCAAAGCUUCUGAUCAGUGAAAGUUUAAACCAAAGAAACUCCCUGUGAAACAAAAAGCACUUUUUAUGUCAUUUCUUGAUUCAUCUACUGUAUCAAUUACGUCUUCUUUUUUAAAUAUUCCAAUAAAAUAUUCCAAAUUUGA